AUGAAAGGUUUUGGUACAGAUGAAAAAGCAAUUAUUAAUAUAAUCGCACAUCGUAGCAUCGUACAACGUUUAGAAAUUGCUGAUCAUUAUAAGACAAUGUUUGGAAAAAAAUUAGUUAGCGAACUCAAAAGUGAAAUUGGUGGGAAUUUCAAAAAUGCCGUUGUCGCAUUAAUGACGUCACUUCCGGAAUUUUAUGCAGACGAAGUUAAAGAUGCCGUUUCCGGAGUUGGUACUGAUGAAGCCGCGCUUGCCGAAAUAUUGAGUACUCUAAGCAAUUAUGGAAUUCGUACGAUUGCAGCAACAUACGAAAAAAAAUAUGGUAAAACUUUGGAAAAAGCAAUUAAAAAGGAUACGUCUGGUCAAUUUAAAAAACUUUUGGUUUCAUUAAGCACGGCCAAUCGUGAAGAAGCAACAACCGUAGAUGAAAAAAGUGCAUUAGCAGAUGCAAAAGCAUUACACGAAGCAGGUGAGGGAAAAUGGGGUACAGAUGAAUCUGUAAUUAAUUCGAUAUUGGUUACAAAAAGUUUUGCACAAUUGAGAAAAAUAUUUGAAGAAUAUGAAAAAUUAGCCGGACACGAUAUUGAAUAUGCGAUUAAAAGAGAAUUUCAUGGAAGUUUGGAAAAGGGUUACUUGUCAGUUGUUAAGUCGAUGAAAAACAAAGUAGCUUUCUUAGCUGAACGUCUUUUCAAAUCGAUGGAUGGACCAGGAACUGAUAACAAAACAUUGAUAAGAAUUAUUGUCGCAAGAUCUGAAAUCGAUUUGGGUGAUAUCAAACAACAAUAUGAAAAAAUGUAUGGACACACAUUGGAAAGUAAAAUUGAAGGUGACAUAACUGGAGAUUAUAGAAAAUUGAUGCUUCAACUUGUAUCCUGUUAG